UGAAGCAGGUUCUGGAGUACGGUCCUUCCCGCGUGGGAGACGCAGUGAGGGAGAGCCCGCACCCGAGAGGUGGGAGAGGACGGGCUUUAGGCUGGAAGAGCCUUAGAGGAGCCGUUUUUCCAGGAUGGCUGGUUUGGUUUUGUGUGAGCCAACUGAGCUUUACAACAUCCUGAAUCAGGUUACCAAACUAUCCAGAUUAACUGAACCCAACUAUCUCUGUUUAUUGGAUGUGCGUUCCAAGUGGGAGUAUGAUGAAAGCCAUGUGAUUACAGCCCUUAGAGUGAAGAAGAAGGCAAAUGGAUAUCUUUUUCCAGAGUCUCUGGAUCUGGAGUGUGUGAAAUACUGUGUGGUAUAUGACAACAACACCACAUCCCUGGAGGUAAUCUUAAAACAAGAUGACGAGGAUGUUGAUGAGGACUCUGAUGACAAUGAACAAGGAGUGAUGCUUGGAACUGCCCUUGAGUGUGCCACAGCCCUGACCCACAACACCCGCUACCCUAUCUACAUCCUGAAAGGGGGUUACCAGCAGUUCUCAGCCAUGUACCACUUCUUCCGGACGCAGAAGAUCAUUUGGAUGCCACAGGAACUGGAUGCCUUUCAGCCAUAUCCUGUUGAAAUAAUUCCAGGUAAGAUCUACCUGGGUGACUUCAGGCAAGCAUGUGACCCUAAAAUUCAGAAGGAUUUGAAAAUCAAAGCACAUGUCAAUGUUUGCAUGGAGACAACACCAUUUUUCAAAGGUGAUGCUAACAAGCUUCUGCACAUCCAUAUAGAGGAUACUCAGGAAGCGAAUAUUUCACCAUUUUUACGUCACCUCUGUCACUUCAUUGACAUUCACCUGGAGCUUGGCUCUGUUAUCCUGGUCUUCUCCACUCUGGGUAUCAGUCGCAGCUGCGCAGCCGUUAUAGCCUACCUCAUGCACUCAAGAGAGGAGACCUUAAAGAGGUCUUGGGCCCAUGUCAAGAAGUGCAAAAACAACAUGCGCCCAAGUCGGAACUUGGUGGCUCAGCUGUCACAGUGGGAGCAGAUUGUCCUCGGAGACUUCGCCACUGACAUCUCUGACCCACUCUACUGAUCUCCUCUGUUGCCCAGCUGUGGGUCUUGAAGAACCUCCCCUGGAGACUUCUUGUGGGUGGUGGACCAGUUAUGUAA